AUGGUUUUCAGGUUUACUUGGUGUUUUGUAUUAUUACUAGCAACCCUUGCGUACUGCUUUACGCCAGAUGAGAUUGAAAUCUUUCAAUUACAGAAGGAGUUAGUUGACAAGUAUGGUUCUAAAAUGAACUUCUAUAAGUUCUUGAAGUUAAAGAACUUGGACAAGGCUACCGCUAAAGAUAUCACUAAGCAGUUCAGAAGCCUCUCCAAAAAAUAUCAUCCUGAUAAAAAUCGGAAUAAUAGGAAGUUGUAUGAAAGGUUAACGUUGGUGGCUAAGAUAUUGGGUAAUGGUGAAAAGCGUAAAACCUAUGACUACUAUUUGAAAUACGGAUUUCCGGAGUAUAACUUUGCAAAAGGUGGAUUUGUUUUCAAGAGAUCAAAACUUCAUGCGUGGAUUGCAGUAGGUUUUGUUUAUUUUGCAUGUGGUAUAAUACACUGGGUGAUUUUAAAGAUACAGAACAACGCUAACAAAAGGCGGAUAAAUGGAUUUCUCAAGGAAGUUAAAUCAUAUGACGAUACUCUUGGGUUAGGUGAGAAACGGCUGUCUUUCAAGUAUAGCCAAGACUCAGAAGAAAAGCAGAUUAUGGUGCGCUAUGGUGAUGUUUUUGUUGUUCAGCCAGAUGGGACUGAAGCGGAGAUUACAGUUAAGGAUGUUAAAGAUCCUGGUUUGCGUGACACUAUGCUUUUUACAUUACCUAUGUGGUUCUGCAGACGCCUUAAGGGAAUUUUUGUACGGAACGACACAUUAGUCGUCCAGGAAGUGGAGAAGAAGGGCGGUAAGAAGCCUAGUAAGGCAGCGGUCAGUGUUCAGGUUCCAAAUGGCAGGGCCAAAAAGGACUAA